AUGUUUCGCAGCUCAGCGAAAGUGCAUUCGACAAAAAGGGCUCUAGCACAAACAGUCUUCUUCUUUUUCAUAAUCAUUCGAUCUGCAAUUUCUGAAUCCUUUGACAACAUUUCUUUCAAAUUCACAUCCUUCCAACCAAAUGAUCCGAACAUAACAUACCAGGGCCAUGCAAACCCACUGAAUUCUGCAAUGGAACUUUCUAUAGUCCCGGCAGCGCAGAGCGGAAAUGAAAUAGUUGGUCGAGCCCUAUAUCAUCAACCCAUGCACCUGUGGGAUAGCUCGACAGGGAAUGUGGCAGAUUUCACCUGUAGAUUUACUUUUGCCAUCGAUUCUACGAAACACACAGAAUUUGCUGAUGGAUUGGCUUUCUUUCUUGCCCCCAACGGAUCACAGAUUCCUGAAGGCUCGAUAGGAGGCUCUCUAGGCCUCACGAACUCUACCAAAUCCACUGUUGCAUUUGUUGCGGUAGAGUUCGAUACUUUCAUAAAUCAACAGCUGGAUCCAGGUUGUUAUCAUAUUGGUAUCGAUGUAGAUAGCAUGGUUUCUGUAAGGAACGCUUGUGUCCCAUGGGUAAAGUACAGCAUACUCAACGGUGAACGACUUCAUGCUCAGGUGACAUUUAAUUCUACAGAAAAGAAUUUAAGUGUUGUUUUUGGAGAUUCUGGUAAUAAUUCGACCAGCCUCCACUAUCAGCUGGACAACCUGACGGAGAACUUGCCAGAAUGGGUGAAUUUCGGUUUCUCAGCUGCAACAGGAGCAUAUUUCGAGUCUCAUUCUAUUUUCUCAUGGGAAUUCAGCUCCACUCUACGAAUCCCCGACACACCAACGGGUGGUACAAUUCAAAGCAAAAAUAGCAAGUCAUGGGUAUGGGCUAUCUUAGGUUUAGGCUAUUUUGUCUUGGUUCUCCUUGUUGCAGGAUUUGGCCGGUACUAUUAUAGGCCAAGGAGAAAUAGAAAUGGUACAAAUGUAGAAGAAGAUGAUUGUCAAUCAAUUGAUGAAGGAUUUGAACAGUCCAAGGGACCCAAGAAAUACUCCUAUAGGGUGUUGCAAAUGGCGACACACAAUUUUGCGAGUGCCCGGUUGCUAGGGGAAGGGGGAUUUGGCAGAGUGUACGAAGGCCAGCUCGCUGAUGUGAAUGCUCGUGUUGCUAUAAAGAAGAUCACUCCAGAGUCCAAACAAGGCCUAAAGGAGUAUGCGACAGAAGUAAAGACCAUUAGACACCUUAAGCACAAAAAUUUAGUGGAACUCAUUGGCUGGUGCCACGAGAGAAAUGAGUUCCUCCUCGUAUAUGAAUUCAUGUCUAACGGUAGCUUAGAUUCUCAUUUGUUCAAAGAUAAAGCGCCAUUGACAUGGGAAAAGAGGUAUAACAUUGCUAAAGGCAUCGCGUUAGGACUGAAGUACUUGCACGAGGAUUUGAAACAAUGCGUCGUGCACAGGGAUAUAAAGUCGAGCAAUGUCCUGCUCGAUUCGGAAUUCAAUGCGAAAUUGGGAGACUUUGGCCUGGCUCGGAUAGUUGACCAUGCCAAAGGGUCACAAACUACUCUAUUGGCUGGAACCAUGGGAUAUUUGGCUCCUGAAUGUAUCUAUACGGGCAAGGCAAGCAAGGAAUCCGAUGUCUACAGCUUUGGAGUUGUCCUCUUAGAGAUAGCGUGUGGAAGAAAAGUUAUAGAGUCAAGAGCGGCAGAAGACCAAGUCCAACUUGUGAAGUGGGUUUGGGAGCUCUAUGGAGUCGGUAAGUUAAUCGAUGCAGUGGAUCCAAAGCUAGGCGAGGAUUUUGAUGUGAGACAAAUGGAGUGCUUGAUGAUCGCAGGCCUCUGGUGCGCUCAUCCGGACCCUAGGGAACGGCCUCUCAUAAGCAGAGUAAUAACUGUUCUGAACUUUGACGCUUUGCCUCCUGUUCUCCCAUCGAAAUUGCCAGUCCCAACAUACGUUGCACCUCCAUCUCUACCAAUCGAGUUGCUGCACACUAUGUCCUCCCAGAAAUCUUGCAGUUCAUCUUCUGCAUUGCUUUCGAGUGAGGACUGAGUUACAGGGUUUUAUGGAGUGAAUAUUCCGACUUAUAUUCUAACAUUUCUGUUUUUAAUUUUACAUGUAUACAUGCUCACAUUUCAAUUA